AUGCAAUCAUUUACUCAAAAGUUUCGACAAUUUCAGCAACAAUCUCGACAUACAAUAUAUCGUGCUCAACAUAACGAAACUUCUGCUGAUAUUGAAAAACCAGAAAAACGUCUAACCCCAAUAAUAAGAAACCCAAUUGGUGCUUUUCGAGGGGGUCUCAUUGGAUUCUUAUUAGGUUUGACGAUUGCAGGUGGUUCCGGAUAUUAUUAUCUUUUAGAUGAAUAUCAUACUGCUUCUAAUCUUUUAUUAAGUUCAGUAGAAGAACUUCAGAAAUCUACUAGUAAGGUACGAGAUUAUGCACAAAAGAUUGAAAGAUUAGAAGGUGAAUUAAAAUCGCUUCAAGGAAGUGCUGCUACAACAGAUCAAAUAAAAGAAUUGAGAAGUGAAACUAGGAAAUUAUUUGACGGACUUAACUUGCAACAUCUUGAAUUAAAAACUAAUGUUUGGAACAUUAGUGAAUAUAUGAAAAAAUUAAAUUAA